GAUCGAGCAAAAGUAUAAGCAGUCUACCGUGGGUUCCCCGACAUGCCCCACUUUUAGUCGCCCAUAAGCAGGUGGGCAUUCUCUUCCCCGAGCUUGGUUGCGAGUUUCUUCCUAUAUCCAAUUUUGCUUUAGCUGUCUUGAGUACCUCGUGUCCAAGUUGCUUACUGUUUGCUGCUCGCUUAAUACCCAUUGCUUACUACUUAAUUACUGCUUAUGGCCACCCCAAACCUUGGUGGGAGUAAAUAAUAAGUGCAAUAUCCACAUAGUUCGAACAUGGCCAAGUCACCAUGCGCCGCUCAGAUUGCCCUGCAGUAUACGAUACAACAAGAUACAAGCAGAGAAAUAGAGUAUGUUUGCUCUGGCUUGUCUAGUGCAGCUGAGCGAAGAAAGGCACAAAAUCGAGUCCAUCAGAGAGCUUGGCGGAGAAGAAAGAAGCUUCAGCGAUCACAGUUUCGCAUGGUGCAACAUGCAAUUUUUGAGUCGAACAGUUCCUCCGGGCGAAAGCUUGCACCCACGAAAACUAGCUUGUUUGACUCUAGUAGCUCGGUAGAGAGUGGCUCAGUAGAGAAUAGCUCGCUGACGGUAAGAACUACAGAGUGUAAAUUUCCCCAGUCGCCCUCGGACGUAACUCAGUGGCAAGAGGCCGAUCUACUUGAUGUCUUCAAUUCAGCUGCAGGUCUUUCUCAAAUCAAAAUUUGCGAGCGUUCUCGAACAGCUGUCGCAUGCGCACGAGGAAACCUAGAUGAUUUUACAAUUAUGACGUGGUUGCAAAAAUGGGCACAAAAUACUUCUACGAUUGGAUCUCCGAGGAACGACAAACUUCUAGUUUUAGUCAAAGUCAAUGUGUUCAGAGCUUUUAUUAGCAAUUCCAUGACACUUGGAAUCCCAUCUGACGUCAUCACGGAUGACGAUGCAACAUCUACAUUUUGUCCACUGUCUGCGGAUAUAAACGGUAUCCUUGCAUUGCCGCCAUCCUUGCGGCCCACAGAUCUUCAAAUUCAGAUUCCCCAUCAUCCUUGGAUCGAUUGCUUGCCUGUGCCUCAGAUGCGGCAGAAUCUGAUCCGAGCCGGAGACAUAUUUGAUGUAAUGAAACUUUGUGGAGACCUAGUUGGAAUUUUCAGUGCUGGCACUGGGAGAACAGGUAUGAUUAUCUGGGGAGAGCCGUGGGAUGUGGCUGGCUGGGAAGUAACUGAGGGAUUCUUGGAGCGUUGGGGAUGGACGAUCAAGGGAUGUUGGGAUUUAUUUGAGUCUACAAAUAAGUGGAGGGCAGGUCGUGGUCAAAUAGCUCUACACUUUGAUAAAAUUUUGAUCUGAUAGCUUUAUAUGUGUUUCAUGGGUGGCAUCGCAAGCUCUUCAAGAGGGACAUAAGCGGCCUGAUUUGGCAUAUAUGCAUUUUUGUAAUCUGCUGGCAAAUUGAGCUGUUCUUGGAUGCAAGAAUGAUUUUA